CUAGGUUCAAAGGUUAAUCAUAACCAACACAAUAGUAUACUUGGCAAGUUGCUCGGCUCUUGGAGAAAGAUAAACAACUCUUUGCGAAAUUAACAGCACAAUGCUAUAGCAUUGAAGUCCGAUCAAACUGUUUGAAAAUCAUAAGUGUAGGUGUUUACACUAUUGUCGCUGUUUUUCGAAGGCACUAGCUAAUGUUAGCAAAUUUAACGUAGCCAUCACUGAACUGGCUCGCUAGCUAUAUAGUUACACACAACUACAGCUAUGUUUGUGCAAGAAGAGAAGAUAUUCGCUGGAAAAAUAUUAAAAAUCCACAUUUGUACUAUGGAGGGUACAGAGUGGUUGGAAGAAGUAACAGAGGAUACCACUAUCGAACAACUCAAAGAGAAGUGCUUGAAACAUUAUGUACAUGGAAGCCUCGAAGACCCCAAAACAAUCACACACCAUAAACUUGUCCAUGCUGCCACGGAAAGGAUCCUCACAGAAACUAAAACGGUUGCAGAUGAAAAUCUAAAAGAUAAAGAUUUUCUUCUACUGAUAAAGAAGAGACCACUGCCACCCCCGCUGAAAAUAGCUGACAUAACUGCAGAGGAAAAGAAGAAGCAGGAUAACAAGGCUCCAGAUAAAGAUGCCAUCCUGAAGGCCACCGCCGGCCUGUCCACCCGCCACACAGACCGCACUGUCACCCAGCAUAACAUCAGAGAUUUUCAGACGGAGCUCAGGAAAAUCCUUGUCUCUCUCAUUGAAGUGGCCCAGAAGCUUCUCGCCUUGAACCCCGAUGCUGUGGAGCUCUUCAAAAAGGCCAAUGCCAUGCUGGAUGAGGAGGAGGAGGACCGGGUGGAUGAGACGACCCUUCAGCAGCUGACUGAGAUGGGUUUCCCUGAGAGCAGAGCCAUCAAAGCUCUCAGGCUCAACCACAUGUCAGUGACCCAGGCCAUGGAGUGGCUGAUUGAGCACGUAGACGACCCCACGGUGGACACCACCCUGCCCGGCCAGGGCACCCCAGGAGCAGUAGGAGCCACAUCACCACCCCUGAUCCCCUCUAUCUCUGCCUCAUUUCCAAACCUCCUCCGCACCGUCUCCCAGACUAACACAGAUUCCGCCGCAAGGCAGGACGAACUCACUGAGAUCUUCAAGAGAAUCCGAAGGAAAAGAGAGUUCAGGCCUGAGUCACGGGCUGUCAUUGCGUUGAUGGAUAUGGGCUUUGAUGAGAAGGAAGUGGUCGAUGCCCUGAGAGUCAAUAACAACCAACAGGAUGCUGCAUGCGAGUGGCUGCUGGGGGACAGGAAGCAGUCUCCGGAGGACUUGGAUAAAGGCAUCGACAUCAACAGUUCUCUGUUCCAGGCCAUCCUGGAGAACCCUGUGGUCCAGCUGGGCCUCACCAAUCCCAAAACACUGCUGGCGUUUGAGGACAUGUUGGAGAACCCUCUGAACAGCACCCAAUGGAUGAAUGACCCUGAGACUGGGCCAGUCAUGCUGCAGAUCUCCAGAAUCUUCCAGACACUCAACCGCACGUAGAGUGUGUGAGUGUGUGAGUGUGUGAGUGUGUGAGUGUGUGAGUGUGUGAGUGUGUGAGUGUGUGGGGUGAGCUUGCUUGUGUG